AUUUAAAAACUGGGACAAAGAACCAUCAGGACGGAACUGCUUCAAUUGCAAAAAUCUCAGCGCAGCCUCCGGAGCGGCCGGCUGGCCCGAGUCAGGAGCAGCCCCUUUAAAAAAGCGGAGUACAGUAUUGGGAUUCUUGAAACCUGAAACCUAGACGCAGAAUCGAAGCGGAAACCAGAAGGAAAACCGUGAACUCCCCCAGACAAUUGCUUCCGGGGAGUUUCGGGAGAGCGAGGGGGAAUAAAGGGCCGGAGAGGAGGGCCCCUCGGAUGGCGCGCCCCUGAGGGUCCUGGCGAGUUCGAGGAGCGUGGGAAGGAGAGGACCCUACCCUCUCCCUGGGCUGCAGGUCAUGGCCACCGUGGAGCAGAAAGCCCUGGGCAUCGGCUUCAAGUGUCUCUCUUUGGCCACUUUUGUGCUCAUCUGCGCCGGGCAAGGGGGACGCAGGGAGGAAGGGGGUCCAGCCUGCUACGGGGGAUUUGACCUGUACUUCAUUCUGGACAAAUCGGGAAGUGUGCUGCACCACUGGAAUGAAAUCUAUUACUUCGUGGAACAAUUGGCUCAUAAAUUCAUCAGCCCACAGCUAAGAAUGUCCUUUAUUGUCUUCUCUACUCGAGGAACAACCCUAAUGAAGCUCACAGAAGACAGAGAACAGAUCCGUCAAGGCCUAGAAGAACUCCAGAAGGUUCUGCCAGGAGGAGACACUUACAUGCAUGAAGGAUUUGAAAGGGCCAGUGAGCAGAUUUAUUAUGAAAACAGUCAAGGAUACAGGACAGCCAGCGUCAUCAUCGCUCUGACCGAUGGAGAGCUGCACGAGGACCUCUUCUUCUACUCAGAGAGGGAGGCCAACAGAUCUCGAGAUCUCGGUGCAAUCGUUUACUGUGUCGGCGUGAAGGAUUUCAAUGAAACACAGCUGGCGCGGAUCGCAGACAGUAAGGAUCAUGUGUUUCCUGUAAAUGACGGCUUUCAGGCCCUGCAAGGCAUCAUCCACUCAAUUUUGAAGAAGUCCUGCAUUGAAAUCCUGGCAGCUGAACCAUCCACCAUAUGUGCAGGAGAAUCAUUUCAAGUUGUGGUGAGAGGGAACGGCUUCCGCCACGCCCGCAACGUGGACAGGGUCCUCUGCAGCUUCAAGAUCAACGAGUCUCUCACGCUCAAUGAGAAGCCCUUCGCUGUGGAAGAUACUUAUUUGCUGUGUCCAGCACCUAUCUUAAAGGAAGUUGGCAUGAAAGCAGCGCUUCAGGUCAGCAUGAAUGACGGCCUCUCCUUCAUCUCCAGUUCUGUCAUCAUCACCACCACACAUUGCUCCGAUGGCUCCAUCCUGGCAAUCGCCCUGCUGAUCCUGUUCCUGCUCCUGGCCCUGGCUCUCCUCUGGUGGUUCUGGCCCCUCUGCUGCACCGUGAUUAUCAAGGAGGUCCCUCCGCCCCCUGCUGAGGAAAGCGAGGAAGAAGACGAUGACGGUCUGCCUAAGAAAAAGUGGCCGACAGUGGAUGCCUCUUAUUACGGCGGGCGAGGUGUCGGAGGCAUUAAAAGAAUGGAGGUUCGUUGGGGAGAAAAGGGCUCCACUGAAGAGGGUGCUAAGUUGGAGAAGGCAAAGAAUGCAAGAGUCAAGAUGCCGGAGCAGGAGUACGAAUUCCCUGAACCCCGAAAUCUCAACAACAACAUGCGCCGGCCGUCCUCCCCCCGGAAGUGGUACUCUCCCAUCAAGGGAAAACUUGAUGCCUUGUGGGUCCUGCUGCGGAAAGGAUAUGACCGUGUGUCCGUGAUGCGUCCACAGCCAGGAGACACGGGACGCUGUAUCAACUUCACCAGAGUCAAGAACAACCAGCCUGCCAAGUACCCCCUCAACAAUGCCUACCACACCACCUCGCCGCCCCCCGCCCCCAUCUACACCCCGCCACCCCCUGCUCCCCACUGCCCUCCCCCGCCCCCCAGCGCUCCCACCCCUCCCAUCCCAUCCCCCCCUUCCAUCCUCCCCCCUCCUCCUCAGGCCCCGCCUCCCAACAGGGCCCCG